AUGGCACCUCCAAACCUCGCUCUCGCUCUGGCGCCCCGUAAUCUCCAGAGCCCGACGCACACGCAGCAGGUCACGCUCGGCGUCAUCGCCGGCUACGUCGUCGCCAUCGCCAUUCUCUGGAACGUCCCCUACCUCCGCAUGGUUCUCUGGCCCUUCAAGAUGCUCGUCAUCGCCUUCCACGAGUUCGGCCACGCCAUCACCGCCGUCCUCACCGGCGGCCGCGUCAAGUCCAUCAGCCUCGACCCCAACGAAGGAGGCGUCACCCACAUGCAGGGCGGCAUCAGCGCCGUCACCCUGCCCGCCGGCUACCUCGGCUCCUCCAUCAUCGGCGCCCUCCUGACCUUUUGCGGCUUCAACAUCGUCGCCUCCAAGGUCGCCAGUAUCGUCCUCGGCGUCUGCUUCCUCCUCACCCUCUGGUGGGGCAAGCGCAACUGGCUCACCAUCCUCACCAUCCUCGCCGCCGUCGCUCUCCUCGUCGCCUGCUGGUUCAUCGCCCACGCCGAGGCCCUCCGCUUCGUCGUCCUCUUCAUCGGCGUCAUGUCCUCCCUCUACAGCGUCUGGGACAUCUGCGACGACCUCAUCCUGCGCAAGGUCAACUCGUCCGACGCCAGCGUCUUCGCCGAGCGCUACGGCGGCUCCUCCCAAUGCUGGGGCGUCAUCUGGUCCAUCAUCUCCGUCUUCAUCAUGGCCAUCGGCAUCGUCGCCGGCCUCGCCGCCUUUUCACAAUCCUUCGCUCAGCAGCAGGAGGACGCGAAGCAUUUCAUUCCCACCUAG